AGCAGGACUACAGCUGAACCAGAGGCACCUCCAAGAAGAGGGCAGCAGAGCCCACCUGCUUAAAAAGCAUGGACCAGAUAAAGCCAGGACAAGUGCCAGGACAAGGCACUCAGAGAAGGAGACUGAGAGCCUGCUGUUGGAAGGUUACUGCUGCUGCCGUGGCUGGUAGUGCCACAGCUCUCUGCCUGGGGAUCCUGCUGGCCUGCCACCCCAUGGGAGAGACCAGCUUUGAGCACACAGUGGAGCUGCAAGGAAUCAUAUUCAACAGCAGCUUAAAGAUGGAGAACUCAGACUACUACAGGGUGCUGACACCUGCUCUUGAGAGGCUGUUUCUGUCCAGUCUCCAGGACUCCCAGCUGGACUGGAGUUGCACAGGUUGCAAUAUCCUGGGCUAUAGCAGGAAUGGAAACUCCAGUGUGAUCGUCCAUUUCCGCCUCUUCUUCGCCGCCCAGGAUUCCCAGCCCCUGAGCUCUGCCUUGGAGGAGGAGGCUCUCAGGCACGGGCUGGCAGCUGCCCUGCACAGGCAGGGGCUGUCCCUGGCUGCCUACGGGACCAUCUCCUCAGCUUCUCUGACAGGUCCCAGCAAGGUUUCUCCCCACAGAUCUGGACUGAAAUCAGACUGUGGAAGCCGCCCUGCCAUGCAGACUGCCAGCAGGAUAGUUGGAGGUUCAGAGGCGUCCAGAGGGGAGUUCCCAUGGCAAGUCAGCCUGCGAGAGAACAACGAGCACUUCUGUGGUGCUGCAAUCCUCACAGAGAAGUGGCUGGUGUCUGCUGCUCACUGCUUUACUGAGUUUCAGGACCCAACCAUGUGGGCAGCUUACACAGGGACCACCUCCCUCAGAGGCUCCGACAGCAGCGCGGUGAAAAUGGACAUUGCACAGAUCAUCCCUCACCCCUCCUACAACGCCGACACCGCUGACUACGAUGUGGCUGUGCUGGAGCUGAAGAGACCUGUGACCUUCACCAAGUACAUCCAGCCCGUGUGCCUGCCAGACGCAGGCCAUCACUUCCCAACCAGCCAGAAGUGCCUCAUCUCCGGCUGGGGUUACCUCAAGGAGGAUUUCUUGGUGAAACCCGAGUUCCUGCAGAAAGCAACAGUGGAGCUGCUGGACCAGAACCUGUGCUCCAGCCUCUACAGCCACGUCCUCACAGACAGGAUGAUGUGUGCUGGCUACCUGGAGGGGAAGGUUGACUCCUGCCAGGGCGACUCUGGUGGGCCCUUGGUUUGCCAAGAACCAUCUGGCAGGUUUUUCCUGGCGGGAAUCGUGAGCUGGGGGAUUGGAUGUGCUGAAGCCAGGCGGCCUGGGGUUUACACACGUGUUACCAAACUCAGAGACUGGAUCUUGGAUGCUACCACCAGAGGAACCCCCACCACCUCCCCAGCCCCAGCGGCCACAGACAGGGCUUGGGUAGAUCCUCACGCCUCAGCGCUGACCUGUCCCAGCUCAGACUUACUGGUUAGGGAGAGCAAAAGUCUCUCGCUUGUCUUCUGCCAGGAGUACUCACAAGUCAUGCUUUGACUUUGUUCAGAGUGUGGAGGACGACCUGGGUUCUCUAAACCCAGCAAGAUUGUGGGAGGAACAGAUGCUUCCAGAGGAGAGAUCCCCUGGCAAGUCAGCCUGAGAGAGGACUCGAGGCAUUUCUGUGGAGCCACCAUCAUUGGGGACCGCUGGCUGCUGUCGGCAGCUCACUGCUUCAACGAGACAAAUCCAGAAGAGAUCGAAGCCUACAUGGGAACAACAUCACUCAAUGGAACAGAUGAGAAUACAGUGAAAGUCAACGUAACAAGAGUGAUCCCACAUCCCCUCUUCAGCCCCAUGAUUCUGGACUUCGACGUGGCUGUACUCGAGCUGGCAAGACCUCUUGUCUUCAACAAAUAUAUCCAGCCUGUGUGCCUCCCACUCGCUGUGCAGAAGUUCCCUGCUGGCAAGAAAUGCCUCAUUUCUGGGUGGGGAGAUCUCCAGGAAGGGAAUGUCACCACGCCCGAGUUCCUGCAGAAAGCUUCUGUGGGCAUCAUAGACCACAACACCUGCAACUUCCUCUACAACUUCUCCCUCACUGACAGAAUGAUCUGUGCUGGCUUCCUGGAGGGGAUGGUAGACUCAUGCCAGGGAGAUUCAGGUGGGCCCUUGGCCUGUGAGGUGACCCCAGGAGUGUUUUACCUGGCUGGCAUUGUGAGCUGGGGAUUUGGUUGUGCCCAGGCUAUGAAACCUGGUGUGUACUCCAGAAUUACCAGAGUCACAGACUGGAUCCUGGACACCAUCUCACAGUUGCCCAGUCCUGGCACAGGCAUCCCUUCCAGCUCAGCCAUCACUAGAACUUCCAGCACAGUCAUCCUCACCCAGCCCAGCACAACAGCUGCAAGUCUAACCAGCAGAACCACCCUGGGAACGAAGAUGAGCACAAAUGUGAGUGACAACUCUGAAGCUCUGAGAACAACUGCCAAGCCCACCCAAGCCCCAGUGGUGCCUUGUACCAGCUUCACCUUCGAGUGUUCCAGCAAGGUGUGUAUUGGAAAAGAAAAUCCUGAAUGUGAUGGUGUCGUGGACUGCAGCGACGGCUCCGACGAGCGCAACUGUGCAGACUGUGGCCUAACAACUGCUCUGGCCUUCAGCAAGAUCGUGGGUGGCAGCAGCGCAGCUCGAGGGGAGUGGCCCUGGCAAGUCAGUCUGUGGCUGCGGCGGAAGGAGCACAAGUGCGGGGCCGUCCUCAUUGCUGAGCGGUGGCUGCUCUCUGCAGCUCACUGCUUUGACAUUUACAGUGACCCCAAAAUGUGGGUGGCCUUUCUAGGAACACCCUUCCUGAGUGGCAUCGAUGGCAAAAUGGAGAAAAUAUUCCGUAUCUACAAGCACCCUUUCUACAACAUCUACAGCCUGGACUAUGAUGUGGCAUUGCUAGAGCUGAGCACACCUGUCAAGUUCAGCAACACCAUCAGACCUAUAUGUCUCCCAGACAAGUCUCACAUCUUCCAUGAAGGGGCCAGAUGCUUCAUCACAGGCUGGGGUUCCACGAAGGAAGGAGGUCUCAUGUCAAAGCAUCUGCAAAAAGCAGCAGUGAACAUAAUUGGAGACCAGGCCUGCAAAAAGUUCUACCCUGUCCAGAUCAGCAGCAGGAUGGUGUGUGCUGGUUUCCCACAGGGCACCGUCGACAGCUGUUCAGGUGAUGCAGGCGGGCCCCUGGCAUGUAAAGAACCCUCAGGGAAGUGGUUUCUAGCAGGAAUCACAAGCUGGGGCUAUGGCUGUGCCAGGCCAUACUUCCCUGGUGUCUACACCAAAGUCACAGCUGUCCAGGGCUGGAUCGCGCAGAACCUCAAGCUCUGAAACUGCAUUUCACCACUCAGGGAAGGCAAGGAAUGA